CUUUACCAUAUCCUACCGAUAAUUGUUGGGCAAGAGUACCUCAAAUAGCGACAAAGUAUUACAUUCUGGACUAACGAAUCCGCUCAUCCGAACAUCAGAUAUGAUCAUCCCAUAUGAAUGAACUUGGUCAGAGAUAAAAACGUUUGCAGUAGCAUUGGAAGCAAGCGGCAUUCUCCAGAACAUCAAUCAUUGCCUGGAAGAUGAGUGCCCUCGAUGAUCCAGGAGGAAGUAGCAGCAACGUCCCUCAAAAUAAUCCAGUUCCCGCAGUUAAUGGUCAAACCGAGGAACAAGCUCCCGAGAUUGCCGUUGUUCAGAAUAAGAACGACUUGGAUGCUCGUACCGAUGAUGCAAAAGAUGUUACUCCAGCCACUGGUCCCGAACAGCCACUGAAUGGCGUAAAAGAGAAGAAGAAAAGAAGGCGGCUGGACGAUCUAGGGUUUUCCAGUCCAGGUCCAGCUUUCUUGACGAGCGCAUCGAUAAGCAGUGAUGGCGGUGGAACAGAGAGUGAAAGUGAUACCAACCGAACUCGACCAAGGCGACAAUCACGUUUAUCCACUCACGUCAUCAAUGGAAGUGCGCUAAAUGGCCAUCAACAGAAUUCUCGAUCGAUUUCGCCUGCGCCGAAUGGAUCACAGCAGCAUCACACGACAGUCGAGCCUCCAAAGCAGAAGACUACGUCGAAGCCGUCAAUCUUUCGUAACUUUACGCCGAAAGCAUCUUCUGUCCAACAAAGUUCACCUUCGACGAGCAAAGUGAAUGGAAAAGGAAAAGGUGUAGAUCGAUCUGUAGGCGAAGUAAGCCGACCAGUGAAUGGAAAGAGAGAAUCGACAAUCACUUCAACUGUACAUCACGACUCGCAGGCCGGAUCAUCUCGAAAGGAUCGAUUGUUGGAUGAGAGACGUAAACAGAUGGAUAAGGUAUACAAGGAUCACGAUAUGCUCGUUCGAGAGCUAUUCCACCUUCACAAAUUCGUUACUUUGUUCGGUUUUGAUCCAGAGGUUGCCCUGCAAGAUCGUAGUGACGUGUUUGAGCGUUUCCGAAUGGAUUACGAUUUGGCAACUCAAUUGAGUGGAACAAAAGGAGGUAGAACGACAAGACGAAUCGUAAGUGCAAGAAGAGGUGACCUUUCUUUGCCUAUCGAACAAAAACAAAAGAAUACUUUACCUUCCACAUCUGUACAACAACAAUCUCAAAAUGGUAAAUAUAGCAAUGGACAAAAACGUGGCAGGCUACGGACAUCAUCCAUUAAUAGUAGCUCAGAUGGGGCUGGUAGUGAUGCAAAUGGAAAAGCACGAGGAAAGGAAGAUGUACCUUCCAAAAAGCGAGCAAAGAAGAUCAUUUUACGAAGAUCAAAAGAUCCAGCUGUGUCAUCAGAUGGAGAAAGCGACACUUUGCUCGAACCGGACACAGGAACAACAAAGAAGAGGAAGUCCAAAUUCAUCUACCUUCCGAGACCGCCUGUGGAAGUAGAGCGUAUCGAUGGAAUCCCACGCAUUCGUGUCCUACAACCUGCCAAUCUUCCACCCAAAGCCCGAUUCGAUCAGUCUCUCUCAUCGUAUCUUUCCUCCUGGUACACUUCUGGCGACAUAGUUGGCUCAACUGGAGAGUGGCAAGAACUCUCACAAGCAGAAUUGAUCCAACGUGAUGAACGUGAAGCUGCACUGUAUUCACGCAUCGAUGAAUUGCGUAGUGAAGGCCUUUUGCAAAGUCGAGAAGAAGCUCUCAAGAGGAGUCAUCAAAAUCGAGCACGAGAGGCAAUUCGCACGAACAAUUAUUGGGAUUCUAUCCUGUCACAGAUAGGACAGCGACAACAUCAGCAAAGGGUUGAACUACGGAACAAGAUUCAAAUGGCAAAACGAGUUGCACGUAUGGUUCAAACGUAUUGGGACGAAAAGCUUGGUCGAGGUGAAAAGCAAAGAAAGAUUGAAGAGAGAAGGGUACGUGCUCUGGCCAAAUGGACAGUACGAGAAGUGCGCAAACAAUGGAAACUUGCAGUGAAUGUGAUUCGAGCUCAACGAAAUGCAAAGGAAAAGCAAGAGAAAGAUCGUGCUGGUCGAGAGCAACUUCGUACAAUUCUUGAACAAAGCAGUCAAAUGCUUGGCAAACAGCAGAAAGCGUUGCUUGAAAUGGAAGCACAAAUGAGCGAAAGUGAAGAAAGCAGUCUCGACAUCAGCGAGGAAGAAAGUGAUGAAGAAGACGAGGCAGAAGACUCUUCGGGUUCCGGUACUGAAAGUGGGCCAGAAUCUGAAGAAUCAGAGAUCGAAAACAACACUGCCCGGGACGACACCUUGGCUGCGCUUUUGGCGCAUGAAGAAGAUGACGUAUCUGAUGAGUUGGAGGAAGAGUCAGACUUUGACAUUACGGAGGCAUCGAGUGGGCCCGAAAACGUCGAAGAUGACGACGAAAGCGAAGAGCAGGAAGAGCAGGAAGAGUAUGGCAGUCUUUCACAGCUUCUACAACCUGGCACACCGGAUGAUGAUGAAUCGAUCGAAGAAGUGAAUGGUGCUCAUGCGAAGAUCAAGGAGAUUUCUGUAGAACCUGUUGAUUUUGAAGCUGAAAAUGAGCUGAAGCCAGUCAAGACAACUCGUAUAAGCAAAUCAGAUGCAAGCCCAUCAUCUGACGUCAAUGGCUCCCACACUUCCCCAGAGGUAAUUGCUGCAGGUGAUGCUUCUGACAAUGCUGACACUUCCGAUGAAGACGCCGAGCUUGAACGAAAAAUGUGGGAGGAAGACGAAUCUGAAUCGGAUGAAGCGAAUUCGGAUGCUGAAAUGCCCGUUGAGGAGUUGAUGAAGAAGUACGGAUACGGCAAGGAGAACAAGACCGCUGAGAUUGAUACAAAGGCGGAAUCAGAACUUCCCGAUACGUCAGACGAAGACGCUGAUCUCGAGCGGAAGAUGUGGGAAGAGGAUGAAUCUGAGUCGGACGAUGACCAGGCAAAUUCAGAUGCUGAAAUGUCCAUUGAGGAUUUGAAAAAGAAAUACGGAUAUGGAGCAGAAAGCAAGACAAAGCCCGACGAUGCAAAGCCCGAUGUUGAUUUGGAGUCAGCCUCUCAACAAGAAUCUGAUGACAGCGAUGUGUCAAUGGGAGAGCAGUCCGAUGCAGGAGAGAAAGAGCCGGCUUCCGAAAUAGAGACAAUCGGAAGUGCAACUCCAAACGAAGACCGCACCUCUGUCAAGAUCAAACCGCCCUUCUUGCUACGUGGAAAUCUGCGUCCUUAUCAACAAAUCGGCUUCGAAUGGCUUGUCAACCUGUACAACAGUGGCAGCAAUGGUAUUCUGGCAGAUGAGAUGGGUCUUGGUAAAACCAUUCAGACCAUCUCGCUUCUCGGUCACUUGGCAUGUGACAAAGGUAUCUGGGGUCCUCAUCUUGUCGUUGCUCCAACCAGUGUGAUGUUGAAUUGGGAAGUGGAGUUCAAGAAGUUUCUCCCAGGAUUCAAGAUCUUGAGUUAUUAUGGCUCUCAACGUGAGCGGAAAGAGAAGCGCAAAGGGUGGAAUUCCGAUAAUAGCUUCAAUGUCUGCAUCACCAGCUAUCAGCUUAUUCUUGCAGAUCAACACAUCCUGCGCCGUAAAGCUUGGCAAUACCUCGUCUUAGAUGAGGCACAUCAUAUCAAAAACUUCCGCUCCCAGAGAUGGCAAACGUUGCUCGGCUUCAAUUCACAGAGAAGGCUUCUAUUAACGGGAACGCCUUUACAGAACAACUUGAUGGAUCUUUGGAGUUUGAUGUACUUCCUUAUGCCCAACGGCAUCAAUUCAGCUGAUGGUAUGGUAAACACAGGGUUUUCUAGCAUGAAAGAUUUCCAACAAUGGUUCAGUAAUCCGUUGAACAGAGCAGUAGAGAGUGCAGGCGUAGGAGCGGUAAGCGAAGAGAUGGAUGCCGAGACGAGAGGAAUGGUGUCAAAAUUGCACGUUCUUUUGCGUCCUUACCUUUUGCGAAGACUGAAAAGUGAAGUGGAACGUGAAAUGCCAGCGAAGUACGAGCAUGUGAUCAAAUGCCGUCUAUCCAAACGUCAACAGUUCCUAUACAACGAUUUCAUGAGUCGUGCCAAGACAAGGGAAAGCCUGGCUAGCGGAAAUUAUCUCAGCAUUAUCAAUUGUUUGAUGCAACUUCGUAAAGUUUGCAAUCAUCCAGACUUAUUCGAACAAAGACCGAUCGUGACAAGUUUUGCAAUGAACCGUAGUGCUGUUGCCGACUACGAAAUCAAAGAGUUGCUCGUUCGACGAAAUCUUCUGAGUGAUCCUGAACACGAUCGCGAGUCUGUGAAUCUGGAUGUGAUCAACAUGCAUUUCAACGAUCCUUCUCGUUCUCAUCUGACUCCCAUCACCAGCAGGUCGCUGAAAAAGUUGGAUGCCAGUGAUCAUCUGCUACAUGCAAAGACCCAAAUUCCUCCCUCUGAGCCGAUCGACACAUGGACGAUAGAAGGAUAUACCAAUUCGAUGAAAAAGAGACAGCAAAAUGAAUUGGCAUCCAAAUGGCAACACAUCGGAUAUCUGAAUCGAUUGCGAUGUGAAGCAUCACCACCACGCCAUUUCGAUGAUGAUACGAUUCAAUUGCUCAAACGCUUUGGCAAUGAAGAUCGCCUUGCGCCUUUCUCGCUUGUCAAAGAUAGUCGUAGAGGUCACCUCACUCGAUGCGAUCCGGUACACAAAAUGAUCUACAGCAAUGAAGAUCGACGGGAAGCGGUGCAAGGAUUCAUCGAUCGAUUCGCAUUUGUCACGCCUAAAGCCGUCUCGACUGAUAUGCCCAAAUGGGCUUUGCCUGGAUUCGAUUAUUCAACCAUUCCUGCUCCAGCACAAGAUGUAUCGUUUGAUACGUUGCAUAAAUCAGCAGUGAAACUACAAAUAGCAUUCCCGGAUGCGUCACUGUUGCAAUAUGAUUGCGGGAAGAUGCAAGAAUUGGCCAAAUUGAUGGACAAAUGCAAGUAUGGCUCACAUCGAAUCUUGAUUUUCACUCAAAUGACAAAAGUCUUGGAUAUCUUGGAGAUAUGGCUCAACUUUAACGGAUUCAACUAUCUUCGAUUGGACGGACAGACAAAAGUGGAGGAUCGUCAGUCUCUCACUGAAAAGUUCAAUCGUGAUGAUCGCAUCAAAGCAUUCAUCUUAAGCACUCGAUCAGGUGGUUUGGGUAUCAACUUGACUGGGGCCGACUACGUGUUAUUCUUCGAUAUCGAUUGGAACUUCCAAAUCGAAGCACAAUGCAUGGACAGAGCUCAUCGUAUCGGACAAACGAGAGAUGUUCAUAUCUAUCGCUUUGUGAGCGAGCAUACGAUUGAAGAAAAUAUGCUGAAGAAGUCCCAAGAAAAGAGACUGCUUGAUGCAAUGGUCAUUCAAGAUGGUGAAUUCAACACAGAAGGUUUGAGCAAGAUGUCAUGGGUGGAAAGUAUGUUUGACGAAGGCGGACGAUCGAUUGCGGGAGUGCGCGUUGGUGGAUAUGACGCGGAUGAACAAAAAGAUCAACCAAAUAUGUCUGGUAAGCGCAUUGAGCAAGCGAUGGAUGAAGCAGAAGAUGAAGAAGAUGCUCAAGCUGCUCGAGAAGCUCGUGCAGAGAUUCAUGUAAUCGAUGAUGAAUUCGCCGAAGAGAUGGAUGCCAACGAUCGGGAAAACAACGCUAAGAAUGACAGCGUUCCUGAUUCACGAGAAGUAUCAACGCCUUUGGAUGCGGAAGGUCAAGUGUAUGAAAACGGUCAACAAGAAGAGGAGGAAGGUGGAACAAUUGAUGACUAUAUGUUGCAAUUCGUCGAUAAAGAUUGGGAUUAUUUCUCGACGAUCUGAUCUUCAUUUCAUCAAGAUCAUCUUCAACAUUGUACUAGACACUUUAUGUAAAAACUGUAAAAAGCCCAAAAGAGGAUCAUUCACACCUCAUCAUUUCAUUUGUAUUUCUCCGUUUGCAAUCAAUUAUUUGAAC